AUGGCUGAUUUCGAGAAACCGCACGAUGUCCCGGAGGACGACGCCCAGCUGGCUCGCAUGGGCCAUAAGGCCGAGUUGCAACGGAACUUUUCGACUCUAUCGAUGUUGGGAUUGGCGUUUGCGGUGUUGAAUUCGUGGACUGCGCUGUCGGCGAGCCUUUCGAUUAGUUUGACUUCGGGUGGAAGUACUAGUGUUAUUUGGGGCCUCGUCACGGCUGGAACAUGUAAUCUCUGCAUUGCCGCAUCGCUGGCGGAAUUCCUAUCCGCUUAUCCAACGGCGGGCGGCCAGUAUCAUUGGGUGGCUGUAUCCUGGCCGCAGUGGGUGCCCAUUCUAUCCUGGGUAACGGGGUGGAUUAAUGUUGCCGGAUGGAUUGCCCUGGUGGCGACCAAUGCGCUGCUGUCGAGUCAAUUGAUUGCCGGGAUCGUGUCGGCGGUUUAUCCGGAUUUCGUGUGGCAGCGCUGGCAGCAGUUUUUGAUCUAUGUCGGAUACACCAUCCUUGCGUUUGUGGUCAAUGCGUUCAUGAACUCCGUUUUGCCGGUCAUUUAUCGCGGCGCGUUUACUUGGUCGAUUGGUGGGUUUGCGCUGGUCUCGAUCACAGUGUUGGCGUGCGCGUCGCCGGAUUAUAGCUCUGCUUAUUUUGUUUUCUGCGACUUUGUCAAUCAGACGGGGUGGCCUGAUGGCGUCGCUUGGUUGUUGGGGCUUCUCCAAGGAGGUUUGGGAGUGACUGCUUUUGAUGCCGUCGCACAUAUGAUCGAAGCAGAGGUCCCGCAGCCAUCCAUCCGCGGCCCCAAGAUCAUGGUCUCCUGCGUCGGCAUCGGAACCUUCACUGGCGCCGUCUUCCUGAUCGUGCUGCUCUUCGUGGCCGGCGAUAUCGACGAGGUGAUCAAUUCCAGCGCCGGUCCGCUGCUGCAGAUAUUUCUGCACGCGACGAAGAACACCGCCGGGGCGAUCUGUCUGCUCAUGCUCCCGCUUGUUUGUCUUGCCUUUGCGACUCUCAGCGUCAUGACGACGAGUAGUCGGAUGAUUUUUGCGUUUGCUCGCGACGGCGGUCUCCCCGCAUCGAAAUUCUUCGCGCGCGUACAUCCCAAACUUGGAGUCCCUAUCAACGCGCUGGGCCUGACAGCCCUGGUGGUGGUGAUCUUCGGAUGCAUUUAUCUAGGAUCGACGAGUGCCUUCAAUGCCAUCAUCUCGUCCUCGGUCGUCGCGCUCGAUCUAUCCUACGCCAUGCCCAUCGCGGUCAAUUGUCUGCGGGGCCGGAACAUCCUCCCCGAUCGGUACUGGAAGGUGCCUAGUGUGAUGGGGUGGGUUAUUGAUAUGAUCUCGCUAUCGUACAUUGCUCUGACGACGGUGCUGUUUCUUUUCCCGCCCGAGAGGCCGGUUACGGGGAGUAGUAUGAAUUAUUGCAUUGUUGCGUUCGCUAUCAUUGUGAUUGUCUCGGUCGUGCAGUGGAUUAUUGACGGGAGGAAGAAUUUCAAGGGGCCGAGGGUGGAUGUUUAG